GACCUGUCUCUCUCUCUCUCCCUCUUGCUUGAUGCUGCCGGACGAUGGUUCCAGAGUUUUGGGUCUCAGGCAAGUGAUUUCAUCCACGCUACAACAUUUGGUGUCAGGAGUGGGAUACCUCGUGACCCGUCGUGUGGCCAGUGUUCCUCGCAGUCUAAGUUGGUCACGGCCAUGUCACUGAAGCUACAAACCAGUAACAUCACCAACAAGAAUGAUCCCCGGUCCAUCAACUCGAGGGUCUUCAUCGGGAAUCUCAACACAGCGGUGGUGAAGAAAUCUGACGUGGAGACCAUCUUUGGACAGUACGGCAAGGUGGUGGGCUGCUCCGUUCACAAGGGUUACGCCUUCGUGCAGUACACAAACGAGAGGACGGCGCGCGUGGCAGUGGCUGGGGAGAAUCGGCGGGUCCUCGCGGGACAGACGCUCGAUAUUAACAUGGCCGGUGAACCCAAACCCAAUAGACCCAAGGGACUGAAGCGUCUCAGUUCUACUCUGUACAGCACCAGCUACGACUUUGCUUACGAUUACUUCAGGGAUGAUUUCUACGAAAGGUACGGUUUGAGGAUGCAUGAGUUCUCAAGUCGGCCCUCGCUGGUCCCCAGGGCCGUUCCAGUGAAGCGGCCCCGUGUGAUCGUCCCCGUGUUGCGCCGGGGGAAGUCUGGGAUCCCCCUGAAGCUAAUGUCACGUUCCACGAGCGGGGCGAAAAACACCACAAAAUUAAAACCAGUAAAAUCCAAUGAGCUGCAACGGAUUAAACUUGAGCUGACGCAGAUUAAAUCCAACAUUGACUCUCUUCUUGGGCGGCUGGAGGAGAUUGCAAAGGAGAAAGUGGGUCAUACAGAGACAAGGAAGAAGGCUGACGAGGGCAGGACUGAGUUGUCUCAUGGAGAUUCUGCUUCAGAAACUGCCGAAACUCUCACAGAGGAGCCAUUUGAGGUGGACGAGACCGAAGCUACUGAUCUGGAACAGGGUGACGCGGCUGGAGACAACGACUGCGACGAUGAAUUGGACACCAAUCACAGAGAAGAUGCAGAAGCAACGUUAGAAUAAAAGAAUCCAAACCAGUGGUUCCCAGCAGGCACCAUGUGAUGGUGAGAGCGCUUGAAACUGACUGAGGACCGCAAGGUUAAUUAACUGGAUGGCCGCCAUGGGCCACUGCUCGUUCAGCUGAGCCAGCCCAGGAGGACAUCUAUAAAGCACUGGGCAUUCCUGUGUCACUGCAGAGAUGAUUUUAAAGACUGUGCGCGCCUCAGGAGCAACUGCAGAGAACACCACACACACACGGAGCAAACUGUUGGCCAGUUGCCAUGACAAAUCUCUGGUAUCCAUGACUGAUGUCAUUCAUUAAUUUAAUUCCUUUGACGUGUACAAGUGCAGUUGUCAAUCUCCAUCAGUCUUGAUAAUAUUACAAACCCAAAUGAUAUGUUCAGAGUGAAAUAAAACAGCCUUUCAACUACUUCUCUUUUUGUCAGAGUCAGGCUAGGAUGGCCAUAGAAAAUUCCUGUCCAUGGGUAUUUGGGCAACUGGGAGUGUGAAACCAGUUGCAGGCAGAAGUUUGAUUUCAACAUUGAAGAGAAGUUUGGAUAAGUACAUGGAGAGCUAUGGUCCAGGUGCAGGUUGAUAGAUCGAGGUGCAAUAAUAUUUCAGCAUGGACGAGAUGAGCCAAGGGGCUUGCUCUGAUAUUGUAGUGCUCAAUGACUUUAAGAACUGUAAGCUUGUGAGUUGGAACAGCAAAAGGUCUAAGAACAAGAGGUUUACCAUGUUGCUGACUGGAUUAAGCAGCAUGUCUUUAUGAGGAUAGGUUGCGUGAGCUGGGGCUUUUCUCUCUGGAGUGAAGGAGGAUGAGAGGUGACUAGAUAGAGGUGUACCAAGGUGAUGAGGUAUAGAUUGAGGGGACAGCCAGGGAGACCUUUCACAGGGCAGAAAUAGAUAAAACAAGGGGGCAUAAUGUUAACAACACACAUCAAAGUUGCUGGUGA